GAAAAACUUGUUAUGGCAGAGAGUUGUUUAAGAAGUUAAAGCAAGAUGUAAACCUUCAAGAAAGCAUUGAAAAACCAAUUGAUUUUGUAUAUAUAUUACUUGACUUCAGCAAUGGUGUUCAGUUGGAUGCAGGUGACAGUGAACUGCCAAUAGUAAUAGAGAUACUUGUUGGUUUGCAGAUAGCAUAUGCCUUCUUUAUUGGGAGCAAUUAUGAUGUGGCAUUUCCCACAUUCCGUCAGACUGUUCAACUGCUCAACCUGACAAGUCACUUCAAUAGCAAUACUGUAAUUACUGGAAUUCACCAGCAUCUAAGUCCCAGUGGCAACUGCCUUCUCUGUUUGUUCUUACACAUAGAUGAAUUUCAGAACUUUUUUGAAUUUCCUGACUGGAAGGCUGAUAAGAAGAUAGGUAAAGACAGUAAACCCAAAGGUAUAUUCAAGGGGAUAUUAUAUGAAGUUGCACAGUUUAUGCUUGGCAAAUCCAACCUGUGCUUUGUUCAGCCAUUCCUCUCAGGAACUGCUCCACAGGAUGUAGCUCAGCAAAAAGAACCUACCAU